AUGUCAGUAUUUUGAUCAGUCAUUUCGAAUAAUUUUCGUAUUAUAAACAAAAAUUUUCCAAAAAAUGGCUACUGCGGUGCAACAAUCACCAAAUGUGACCGAGUUCUUAGCGAAACAGCAAAAAGAGAGCCCUAAGGACCUCGCAUCAGAAUGGGCCGAAAUCGAAGAACUUCACAACAAAAAAUUAUGGCAUCAAUUGACCCUCAAACUACUGAAAUUCAUAAAGAAACCAGAGCUCCAACAGGGAACCAAUUUAAUUCAGCUCUAUUCGAACUUUAUUCAGACCUUUGAAAACAAAAUAAAUCCCCUGUCCUUAGUUGAAAUCAUAGCCGUUUCUAUUGAACAAAUUAAAGACCCCUUGGAAGCCAUUUCGUUCUUGGAAAAAACCGAGCCGAAAGUAAAAAUAAAUCCAGAUGCACAAAACUUGUGCAAGGUGCUCAUUGGUCAGAUUCAGUUGGAAAAACUGAAUAACUUAGAUGCGACCAAAAAAAUAAUAGAAGAGGUAGAAGCUACUUUAGACAAUGCCGAUGGUGUCACUCCAGUUCACGGCAGAUUCUAUUUGUUAGCUUCACAAUAUUACAGGAUACAAGGGGAUCAUGCUCAGUAUUAUAGAACUGCCUUACGUUAUUUGGGAUGCAUCGACUUGGAUACUCUCACGCUGGAAAUCAAACACCAACACGCCUUUUUCUUGGGACUGGCUGCCCUCCUGGGAGAAGGUGUCUACAAUUUGGGUGAACUACUGGCCCAUCCCAUACUGGAUUCUUUGAAGGGAACGGAAAACAUUUGGAUUGUUGAAUUGUUGUAUGCUUUCAAUUCGGGGGAUAUCAAUAAGUUUGAGGCAAUGAAACCUCAGUGGUCUACCAUUGCAGAUUUGGCUGCUCAGGAGCUGUUUUUGAGGCAGAAGAUAUCAUUGUUAUGUUUGAUGGAGAUGACAUUCAAAAGGCCCUCUCACAAUCGUCAAUUGACCUUCGAAGAGAUCUCAAGAGAAACUAAAUUGCCACUAAACGAGAUUGAGCUUUUAGUUAUGAAAGCAUUAUCGCAGAAACUUGUUAAAGGAGCAAUUGAUCAGGUUGCGAAUACAGUAAAUAUGACUUGGGUGCAGCCAAGGGUCUUAGAUAGGAAACAGAUUGCAACUAUGGUGGAUAAACUGAACGAGUGGUGUAAACACGUCAACACAAUGGAGAAUUUGUUGGAAGAUAAAGCGAGUGAAAUCCUUACUUUGUAAUUGAUGUAGACUUGUAGCGUGUUGAUUUGAUUUUCAUUAAAAUAAGAAAUGCCAAUAAAUUAAUUCUUUUCCAU